AUGACUCACGACUUCGCGUCGGCCGACACCGCGCUCAACGGGAAGCUGCUGCCCACAGCCGCGCGCCUGUGCGAGGGCCUGGACCAGGCGCUCGACGAGGCGCGCGGCGUCGUGGCCUGCUGCGGCGUCCGCCACGUCAGCGGGCUCGGCCGCGCCUUUGUCUACGCCAUCGCCACGGCCGUGGCAUUCACGGUCGUGUUUGUGGGCGCAAUGCUGCUGGCUGUGGCGAGCGGGCGGAAGCGGCGCAGCCUGGGGGACUUGGGGCUGCCCACCUACGGCAUGACGCCCUACAACAGCCGCCCCAGCAGCGUGCUCGGGUCGUUCAGCCGGCCCAGCAGCCGGUCGCAGAAUUACCACCUCUAG